UAUUGUAACAAAGAACACAAAGUAAUAAUAGUAGGACUGGAUAAUGCAGGGAAAACCACCAUUCUCUAUCAGUUCUUAAUGAAUGAAGUGGUCCAUACUUCUCCAACCAUAGGAAGCAAUGUUGAAGAAAUAGUUGUGAAGAACACUCAUUUUCUUAUGUGGGAUAUUGGUGGUCAAGAGUCACUACGGUCUUCAUGGAAUACUUACUAUUCUAACACAGAGUUCAUCAUUCUUGUUGUUGAUAGCAUUGACAGAGAACGACUGGCUAUUACUAGAGAAGAGCUAUAUAGAAUGCUGGCUCAUGAGGAUUUACGGAAAGCUGCUGUUCUCAUCUUUGCAAAUAAGCAAGACAUGAAGGGGUGUAUGACGGCAGCUGAAAUCUCUAAAUACCUCACCCUUAGUUCUAUUAAGGAUCAUCCAUGGCAUAUUCAAUCUUGCUGUGCUUUAACAGGAGAAGGGUUAUGCCAAGGUCUAGAAUGGAUGACCUCCCGAAUUGGUGUGAGCUAA